AUGGGUCAUGACGUGGAUGGGACGACAAAACUGUCGCGGGGCUCCCUCAGUGUCGCUCUGUGCGCUCUCUGCGCCGUCUGUAGCUCUACCGAGCCGCCCGGAACGAUCCCCAUUUUAGUCUCGGAUUCCCACUCCCCUCAACUUUCCUCGACUUGUGGCGUCGUCAAGAUGACCCCAUCAAAGGUCUCGGUACGCAAUAAACGCAUCAAAGUGUGCGUUCGUCUUCGCCCCUUUACACGAACUGAGAAACUCAAGGCCGGUGGAAAAGCUGCUUGGACAUGGCAUGAAAACACUAUUUAUCAGCAGAUAUUCCCGGCACAGAUUCCAUCACGGGUACUAUCAUCGGAUGGCGAAGAGAAAAAGACUCGAAGUGGUGGUGGAUCAACAGUCUCGUCAAAAUCUUCGGCUUUACGAGAUUCCAUAUCGACAUUACCAUCAUCGUAUUCUUUUGACUAUUUGUAUCCUCCAGCGACUCAAACUCAAAUGGUUUAUGACGAGACUGUCAAGGAUGUUGUUAUGGCAGCUACAGAAGGUUAUCAUUCAUCUGUAUUUCUGUAUGGACAAACGGGUACAGGCAAAACGUACACGAUGCAGGGUGGACGAGGAGACCCUGGUAUUAUUCAGUUAAGUGUGCAAGAUAUCUUUGAUCAUAUUGCACGGCAUCCGAGGAUGGAAUUCUUGCUGCGGUUUUCGUAUUUGGAGAUUUACAAUGAACGGAUCCAUGAUUUGCUUGCGGCGGGAGCGAAAUCGGACAUUAAGAUCUAUGAUGUGCACAACCGAGGAACUACAGGAAACGAACAUGCUCGUGAUGGGUUUGUCACCAAGGACGUGGUAAUCAAAGGAUUACGCGAAGAGAUCGUGCUAUCCACAGAGCAUGUACUUUCGCUUGUGGAAGUGGGUAACCUGCACCGUCACAUGGCUUUGACCGAGUCGAACGACCAAUCGUCCAGAUCUCACGUGGUGUUCCGAAUGGUGAUCGAGAGUCAAAUGAAACGGAAUAGUCGUGAUCGAGGCGAAGUGGCGCCAGUGCGCUCCGCAACCUUAAACAUUAUCGAUCUCGCCGGUUCCGAAAGCGUCCGACUCGCCAACACCACCGGGCAGUCUUUAGAAGAAGGCAGGUUCAUCAACCGCAGCCUGCUUACACUUGGGCACAUCAUCUGGAAGCUCAGUCGCGAUCGCCACAGGACAGGAUCCGGAAACGUCACAGCUUCCAGCACACCGCAUUUGCCGUAUCGCAAUUCUAAGCUCACUCGAAUUCUACAGCCGUCGUUGGGUGGCCAAGCACAAAUCGCGAUUGUUUGCACUGCGUCGCCAUCAGUAGAAUGCUUGACGGAGACGCACAACACGUUGAAGUUUGCAAGUCGUGCACGUAGGGUGCGCAAUCGGGUAGUUAUAAACGAAAGUUUGGGCGAGUCAGCAUUGCUGCGAAAGUACCGAGCUCGAAUUCGAGAAUUAGAAGAACAGCUCCACCAUUUACAGAUCCGUCGGCGACCACGAGAGUCUACGCAAAUGAGCAGUUCUAAUCCAACGACACUGACUGAGCGCCAGAUGGAGAUUAAAUUCGCCAUCAACAACAUUAACAGAGUGAUCCUGAAUUCCUCGGAAGCACAAGAGCGACCUGAUGAGGAGGAGCUUGCAUCUGUGGAUGAAGAUACAUUUCCUGCAAUGACAACGCCUCCUCGUACGUUGGAACCACCUCAUCCACUACCACCAUCAAUUCAGACGACUCAACGAGGUGAGCACGCCACAGGCCAAACCCAGCGAAAACCAGCUCCAAAACAACUUGCAGCUCGACAACAAGUGGAGAUGAAAUCUCAGGCCCCUCAGACGCAGUCCAGGGCAGCAGCUCGGCCGUUACUUCGCCAAACACCAGUACACAGUACCAGCAAUGUCAGCAUUGAUCAACCUGAGCCCGAAGAAGAAGAGGAAGGCAAGGACGAGGGUCAUGCACGACCUCGGCUUGUUCACUCUGGAAGCUCCACCAACACAUCAAAUAAGACACUGAUCGGGAGUGGUGGCAGCGCGAGCACCAAGACGCUGCCGCUCUCCUCCUCAUCAUCUCGACAGCUCACGGACAACGACGACGACCUCGCAGAAACCAAAGAAGAACAUGAAAAUAAAGAAGACGAACCUGAACGCGAAGAGGAUGUACUGCAUGACACCCGAACCCAUUCGGAAGUCAUCUCCGAACAAGCCCCCAUUGCACCGAAUGCAAUGUCUACAGCUCCGUCGUCCGUAUCGACUAGCAGUACCCGCCCGUCACUCACCUCAAUGCUCAAGACAAAGUACUUGAACGAGUUGUCAAAGAUGGAUCAGCGUGCAGGGCGAUGGCAGCACACGGAGGAAGGGGAGCUGUUGAACCAGAAAGAAUUGCUUCGUGAAUUUGUGCGCGGACUUGAAAUCGCCCAGGCGGAGCAAGAGACACGCAUGAGCAAAAUUCGGGAAUUGGAGUUGGAGAAUCAUCGACUGCACCAGGCAGUAGUUUCACGCGAUGACGAGCUCGCUCAGUUAAAAACAGAGACCACUCGAUAG